AUGUCCACGCUCACAGAAGCUAGUGUGCAAAGUUCUACGGUGACACUCUAUCGUCGAAGUACUCGCACCUAUGAAGAGCACUAUCCAGUAACGUGCAGAAAGGCAGAGAGAGGUCGAUUUGAGGAACGAUUGAAAAUGCUGGGUAGUUUGACAGAAGAGAUCACUGAAGCCGAAGAAGAGUCUGUAGAGAAUAACAGUUGUUCUUCAUCUUCGUUGAAUCUUGAGGGUCCGUCACCAUAUACUCUGCCAAUUGAAGACCGACUUUGGAGCAAUUCUCGGCGUUUCCAGAACUCUUUUGUUUCGUGCCCUUUGGCUAGUCCAAAAUUCGUUCGGCGUCCGUUCAGCUGCCGCGCACGUCUCGAACGGGGAUUCAGUGAGCCAGCUCUUGGCCGGAAAAGGUUACAAGUCUCAGUAAGGCGGAAUAGUGGAAGCUUUGAUCAUAUAACAGUGGAUUUCCUGAAUUUACCACCCAUUCCCGAGUCUGAUCCGUUACAGUUACGUGAGGAGAAGAUAACAAAGUUUGGAGAGCUAAAAACUGAUGACGACGAUUCGUCUGAAUGUUCAGAGACUCUUCAGACAUCUCUAUAA